AUGUCCAUCAAAGAAGACAUCCCCGCCAUCUUUCUCGCUCAAUUGAGCCCUCGUGGUUUGGAGGCCAUCCAGAAAACCAAGGACUUUGUCAACGACUACUGCAUUCCCGCAGACAAGGUCUACUAUGAACAGCUUUCCGAGGAUCCUGCUAAGAGAUGGGCUCUGACUCCUGAGAUCACGGAGAAAUUGAAGAAGAAGGCCAAGGAGCUCGGACUUUGGAAUAUGUUCCUUUCGAAGCACUACGCCGAGGGCGGUGGCUACACGAACUUGGAGUAUGGCUUGAUGGCUAUGUACUUGGGUAGGGCUCAUGUUGCUCCAGAAGCCACCAACACCAAUGCUCCUGACACCGGAAACAUGGAGAUUUUGGCAAGGUACGGUACGCCUUACCAGAAGGAGAAGUGGUUGAAGCCUUUGCUCAACGGUGACAUCAGAUCGGCUUUCUUGAUGACGGAGAAGGGCACCUCUUCGUCCAAUGCAUUGAACAUUGCCACAUCGGCAAAGAAGAACGCCAGAGGAAACCUUGUUUUGAAUGGUUUCAAGUGGUUUGCCUCCGGCGCCGGUGACCCCAGAUGUGCCGUGUGGCUUGUGAUGUGCAAAACCUCUGAAGACAAGAAGACGCCAUACAACAACCACUCUGUUUUGGUCAUUGACGCAAAAAAGGCAAUUGCCACUGGAAAGGCAAAGGUCUUGAGACCAUUGAACGUUUUCGGCUACGAUGACGCCCCACACGGCCACUGUGAGGUGUUCUUCGACAACUACGAGGUUCAGGCUGAGGACAUGCAAAAUAUCUAUCUUGCCAAGGACGGCAUGGGCUUCGAAAUUAUCCAAUCAAGACUUGGACCCGGCAGAAUCCACCACUGUAUGAGGAGCAUUGGUGUCGGAGAGUUUGCUCUUGGAAGAGUCGCUCAUCGUGCUAGUAACAGACUCAUUUUUGGCAAGCCUAUGAAGGAUCGUGAGUCGUUUCAAGUGGCUUUCGCUGAAUGGAAGAUUGCCAUUGAGAGAUGCAGAUUGAUGGUCCUCAAUGCUGCUCACAAAAUUGACCUUGGAAACGCUAAGCUGGCUCAGCGGGAGAUCGCCAUGGCCAAGAUCGACACACCCAGAACAGUUCUCCAGAUUUUGGACUGGUGUAUCCAAAUGUACGGUGCUGAGGGCGUUUCCCAGGACACUGAGUUGGCUCGUAUGUAUGCCAUGAGCAGAACUCUCAGAAUUGCCGAUGGUCCCGAUGAGGCUCACUUGGGUCAAUUGGGCAGAGCUGAGGUCAAAAAGUUCCCUGCUCUUGAGAAGCUCUACCAGAGCUUUGAGACCAACGUUGCCAGAGUGGCCAAGUUGUAG